AUUAAAAAUGUAUUUGUUCUAUUCCAGUUUAGCUACAAAGAAGGGUCACUCCAAAUCAGACACAUAAGAAGCGCAGGUCUUAUUCACUCAUUUUGAGAUAUUGGUUUGUCAUUGUUUUAUCUGAAAAACAAAGGCCUACUCUUGCACACAUAAUUAUUAAAAUCAAAUUCAUUUUUCCAUAUAUAUAUAUAUAUAUAUAUAUAUAUAUAUAUAUAUGAGCUACUGGAAUACAUUAUGGUUGUGGAAAUUAAAGUAUCCCAAAAUGUAGGGAUCGAACAGAUCAAAUCUUCAUUGGCCUCCAUCACACUUCCAUUAGAAGCAGACAACAGUACUAAAAUUAUGGCUUUAAACAUAUCAACAGUAUGUUCUUCGAAUGAAAUGAAAUAUCAGUGUAAAUGUGAAGGUCAGUUUGUUUGGUCAAAUGACACAUGUCAUUCAUACGAUGCCUGUGAUGGCAUCAAUAAUGAUGCAUGUACAUGUAUUAAUGCCCUUCCAACCAACGGAGAGUUCUGCCAAGAUGUGGAUGAAUGUCAGAUCAAACCAUCCAUAUGUGGUCAGAAUUCCACCUGCACAAAUAAAAUGGGAAGUUACCCUUGCUCAUGCUUGCCUGGAUUUAAUUCAACAAAUUCAAAUCUCUACAUCAGCAUCAAUAACACAUGCAUAGAUGUGGAUGAAUGCCAGAUUAAUCCAUCCAUAUGUGGUCCUUAUUCAACCUGUACCAAUGAAAUAGGAAAUUACUCUUGCUCAUGCUUGCCUGGAUUUAAUGCAAUAAACACAAAUAUUACCAUAGGAAUCAAUAACACAUGCAACGAUGUGGAUGAAUGUCAGUUCAAUCCAUCCAUAUGUGGUCCUAAUUCCUCCUGCACAAAUGAAAUAGGAAAUUACUCUUGCUCAUGCUUGCCUGGAUUUUUUGCAACAAACUCAAAUCUCUCCAUUGGCAUCAAUAACUCAUACAAAGAUGUGGAUGAAUGCCAGAUUAAUCCAUCCAUAUGUGGUCCUAAUUCAACCUGCACCAAUGAAAUAGGAAAUUACUCUUGCUCAUGCUUGUCUGGAUUUUUUGCAACAAACUCAAAUAUCACCAUAGGAAUCAAUAACACAUGCAACGAUGUGGAUGAAUGCCAGAUGAAUCCAUCCAUAUGUGGUCCUAAUUCAACCUGCACCAAUGAAAUAGAAAAUUACUCUUGCUCAUGCUUGCCUGGAUUUAAUGCAAUAAACACAAAUAUUACCAUAGGAAUCAAUAACACAUGCAGCGAUGUGGAUGAAUGUCAGAUGAGUCCACCCAUAUGUGGUCAUAAUUCCUCCUGCACAAAUGAAAUAGGAAAUUAUUCUUGCUCAUGCUUGCCUGGAUUUAUUGCAACAACCUUAAAUCUCUCCAUUGGCAUCAAUAACUCAUGCAAAGAUGUGGAUGAAUGCCAGAUUAAUCCAUCCAUAUGUGGUCCUAAUUCAACCUGCACCAAUGAAAUAGGAAAUUACUCUUGCUCAUGCUUGUCUGGAUUUAAUGCAAUAAACACAAAUAUCACCAUAGGAAUCAAUAAUUCAUGCAAAGAUGUGGAUGAAUGUCUGUUCAAUCCAUCCAUUUGUGGUCCUAAUUCCUCCUGCACCAAUGAAAUAGGAAAUUACUCUUGCUCAUGCUUGUCUGGAUUUAAUGCAAUAAACACAAAUAUUACCAUAGGAAUCAAUAACACAUGCAACGAUGUGGAUGAAUGUCAGAUGAGUCAGAUAUCACCAUAGGAAUCAUUAACAUAUGCAACGUGACAAAUGUAGAAACAACACAAAAAGGUAUGUAUGAUACAUGUUAGAUGUCUGUUGAAAAUGAUUAUAAUUACUAGAAUCGAAAAAGUUAACUUUUUAAGUAGGCUACAGGACCUCAACAUUUUGACACCAGUGUUGUCACGAAUGACGGUGAAGGUAGAGUCAGGACGAGGAUCUAAAUGCAGCAGGUUUUAUUAAUAAUAACGGCAACACAAAAGAACACCAACAAAAGAAACAUCCACGAUGGGAAAAGGUAAACAAAACACGAAAGGUAAACAAAGGGUUAACAUAACACGGAAGGCAUACACGGGGAUAACUAUGGUGAACACGAUGAUGGAAGCAUGGGAAACAGGCAUCUACUUACAACAAAGACCGACAGGGGAAAGGAGAAACAGACCAGGUUAAAUACACAAACACAAUGAAGACUAAACGAGACACAGGUGAGAACAAUGAAGAGUGCAGGCAGUGAGAGAGGCCAGGAAUUGUGGGAAUUGUAGUUUUGACAAGGACAGUGAAACACGGGGCGAACAACAAGGAAAACACGACAUGGAGCGCGAACGGUGACGGGUGAAGUGGAAAACACGGAGCAGACAAGGAAACAUGACAUAAACGUGAUAGUGCGACAGAGAACACAGGGCAGACGACAGGUAAUCGUGACAAGUGUUUCACCAAAUCUAACAAAUUUAAAUAUAUAUUUUUUUAACACGUAAUUAUGGUGUAUUGUUGUUUUUGGUAUACAGUGGGUGAAAUCCAAAUAGAGUGAGCAGGGAAUAGGGAUGCUUAAUUGCAAUUGUAAUUUGUCCGACGUAUACACUUGUAGCCUAUACGCGUGUGUGUGUUGUCCAUUUUGUUAGCAUUGUGUCAAGGUUUUUAGAUAUAAAUAGAUUGUGAGAAUCAGACACCUGGUAUUAGUAUUGAGGAUUGUUACUUACACCUGUUGAUGCACACAUAAAGCAUUUUCUUUACAGUUAUUGGAAUGUCACUGGCAAUAGUAAAAACAUUUGAUCUCAGUCUCACCAACCCUAAUGACCAGAAUUACAAAGAUCUUGCAGGAACAAUUGAGUCAUCAAUUAACGAAGGUUACUCUAAUCUACUUGGCUACAUUAAUGUAUCUGCAAAUGUCACUAACUUCAGGGCUGGUAGCAUUAUAGCAGACUUCACAAUUAAUUCAACAACCAAAAGCCCUGAUUUUUCAUCAGUAAAUGCACGGGUUUCCGACAUUCUCAGGAAUAAAGGAAUCUUUGUAACUCAAAAUGCUUUUGCUCAAAGUGAAGAAAGAACACUGUACAAAACCACAGAUAAAUUGUAUCCUUCCCAAACAGUGAUGCUGAACUGUGACCAGUCUGUUGUGGGAGAAAUUAAAUGGGAAGUGAAUAAGAUUGAUCCUGCACAAAACAGCCAAAAAUACUCCAUUGUAAACAAUAAUGCCACUCUCAUUGUGAAAAUGCUUCUGAACAUGACAGUGGUAGAUACUCAUGCAUCAUACAAAGGAUUUCAAUACCUUACAUUCAGUGGCAAAAUAUUGUUAUUGAACAACUACCUACUAUCAAUGUGGGUGAGAAUGUACGCAUUUUUCCGUGUAAUGGUAAGUCUGUCCUACUGAAAUGCUGUGUUAAUACAGACUACAAAAUCGAGUGGGUCCUGGAUGGUCUAGUACAAAGUUCAAGCAUAGAGUCAGGCUGUAUCACAUUAAAACAUACAAUCCAGAGCAGAAAUUGUAUGGAAGAAACAUUUACCUGCCGUCUCAAGGACCUGCAAAAUCUUCUUAAGUACAGUUAUAGCUACAAGAAUGUCACAGUUAAGAUAAAUGAAGAAUUUCCUGAAAACAGUAGACAUCAUUGUAUCAGAUACAGCCAAAGGUACAUGGCGAGAUUUGAACAACGGCAACACAUCAGGAAACACCAGCAUUAAACUCCUGCAAGCUAUUGAGACUUACGACCCAGCUGCCCCCCUCACUAGACCCACUGCAGUUUGCGUAUCGUUCAAACCGUUCAACGGACGAUGCCAUCACCACAACCCUCCAUCUGGCCCUCACCCACCUAGACAAUAAGGACUCAUACGUUCGAAUGCUGUUCAUAGAUUUCAGCUCAGCAUUCAACACAAUCAUUCCCCAGCACCUGAUUGGAAAGCUGAACCUGCUGGGCCUGGACACCUCCCUCUGCAACUGGA